AUUUGGAUAUUUUUAUUCAAUUUUGAUUAAUUUCGUAUUUUGUUUGAUUAGUUACAAUGUUUUGAUUCAUCUAUUUUUGGUAAAUCCAUGUUGCAUUGUAACUUUAGAUGUUUUCUUUCCACCAAACUAGAUUUAUUGGGAGACAAACGAUAAGAUCCUUCUGGGAUUGUCUUAAUUCAAUCUAUGGACAGAUAUAUACAUCUGAACAUGUGUUGUAAUUCCUACUAAUACCAUGUAACUCUCUGUUUGGUAGCCAGGAAAAAUGAUUUUGAAUUAUAAUUAUUCUCGCCAAAAUUGAGUUGCGUCGAUUAAGCUGAACAGUUGUUCAAAUAGUUUGCUGAGAUGAUUCGCAUUAACUUUUGCUGCAUAUGACUCCUGGAAAAGGAAGGGUUGGCCAAUUGGCAGCCAUUUUGGUGGACUCUAUGGCUUUGGCAUUUAGUCAUCUUGCAUGGUGGUUACAGAGUGGAAAGCAUCAGGAGCCUACAAUCUCAAACGGUUCUUCUUUAAAUUCUUCUACCGAUUUGGGCUUCUGGGAGUCAGAUAACCUGAUUUUUCCCUUAGUUAGGAGGGCUAACAUGGCCUCUUCAUCUAGGAGGGUCAAAAGAAAAUGGCAGAGCCGGGAAGAGAGGAAAAUUGACCGGGAAUAUGAUGUUGUUAUUGUGCCGUCUGAUGGUGGAUGUGUUUCAGGGUCUGAGUCAGAUGAUUCAGAUUACUCAAUUGGAUGGUUGGAGCCUCAUGGACCCGGAUUUCAGAGUGAUGAGGAUCUGGACAAUAGUUUUGCUGUUCUGGUUCCAUGCUAUGGGAAGGUUCGGGAUAAUGUGGUGGAGGAUACGAAGGAAAACAUUUUUGGUGCGAUUUUCAACAUCCAUGAUAGCUACUCUGCUGCAACGGCAUAUGGAACAAUGGCUAUCUUCCCUCCAGAACACCAGAACAGCUGACAUUGCAGAGUACUGAUGCUAGCAUAUAAAUCUGUAUCAUCCUGGUUCUGAGGCUGCUGCUUUAUCUUCUGGAAGAACAUAUUCUAUUGUUUAAUAAGUAUACUGUGAAUAGAAAUGGUGAUGACUGAAGGACUAAUGAUGGUUUCAGUGGCUGAAGUAACUUCCUUUUUUGCUUCUUCUGUCAAAUAUUUCACGAGAAUUGGUAGAAACUAAAAAAAAAAAAAACUUAGAAAAAAGAGAAUGUGUGUGAUUUUUAUUCUUUGAUGUAAAUAUAGUUGUCAAUAUGGAAGUUGUUUAAUGCUCUGUCCUAUUACUGUAAAUAAUUUUUUCUUGUAAAUAUAGUAUAAUGUAAAAAUGAGAAAUUUAUGGUACAGUCUUCUUCUAUA